GCGCAGUACGACCAAUGAUGUUGCACCGAACGGGUCACACGCGUAUCACGUCGCGAUAAAUCGGUCUCGUCGCGUACAAAAGUUCGGCCGAAAACGUGCGCGGAACGGUCGUCGACGUGUUUUUUCGCGUUUUUUUUUUUUUUUUUUUUGAAUAAUUUUUUGCCCGGCAGACAACAAGAAAUCGGAGCCGUGCGCGGUGCGAUGGUCAAAAUUUUCAGUUCGACCCAGGGUCACUGACGACUACGGCACACCCGCCAAAACCUAACCAAAUCUAAGCCGGUAACCACUUGAUUGCCUACGGAACCCGAUUCCAAGGCACCUCCGCUCUCAGAAAUAUACUCUGGAUCCGGAGUUGUACAUUAACGCACGAGGAAAGCUGUCCACCCAAAAGAACCGACUAAUGGCUAAGCACAGUGGAGCUCAAUGGCUACGUAUGUUGCUGCUGCCGUUCGUCUUGGCGACGGUGGUCGUAGCCCAGUCCAACUACGACCAGGUGGAGAACAGCAUCGAGUUCCCAAGCCCGGACAAAGGCCUGCCCGAAUCCACGGUACUGGACGGCAAGGUCACCAAGUUGGACGAACUGUCACCCGUGAUAUUCCUGAACAGGACCAAAGCGGCUCUGAACUGCGCCGCAGGAUACAUGCAGAUCGAACUGAAGUUCGAAGAACCAUUUUACGGUCGAGCUUAUGCAGAUUUCGACCGUAGCAGCGCGUGCUCAGUAACUGGUAAGGGUAACAACACGGCCAGGAUCGACUUACCGUUAAAAGGAUGUGGUACAAGACAGGAUCCGCAAAGAGUUUUCACCAACAAUAUCGUAGUCAGGUUUCAUCCUUACCUGGAAAUGGAUGGAGAUGAAGUAGUGACAAUAGUCUGCAGGUACCCCCCGCCCAUCGCUCCACCACCGGCUGGUAUACCGAACAAAAUCAGUAGUGUAUUACCGUCCACUCCCCUGGAACCACCCCUGAAGGGUUUCCAAAUCCUGUUGAUCAUAUGUGGCAUACUAUUUCUGUCGCUCGUGCUGCUGGGAUUAGGCUGCUCGUAUUACUGCCUGCGUAACCAGCAGGUGCAGGUGGUCCGCCGGCAUCCGCUGUCGUCGGUCGGCUCGGAUAAGCUGUCCGACUCCAGCCUGUCAAUGUUCGACGGGCUAAAGAUACCCAGGGCACGCGCGCCCACGCUGGAUAGCUCCUCGGGUUCGGAGAUGGCACUGGUGAGCGCGGGCGACACGUUGCCCAGCGACUACCCGUCGGAAUCACCUAGUUCCGAAGCGGAGGAAUUGGACGGAAGGAGCUUGCGUAGGUCACCCAGCUCGGGCGGCUCGUACGAAAACCGCGCAUUCCAACAGGAGUACUACGCAGAGAGGUAUCAGCACGAGCUGCCGCCACCGCCAUUGCCACCCGCCGUCCAGCCCAAAUUCGACGUGCAGCUGCGCGUGAAGCGCGCACCACCUCCGACGCCAAGCCCAACUCCACCGCCGUCCGAGUCCGAGGUAAGCAUCGCGGCGCUGGAGCGCAACCUGACCACAAUUCUGGAAAAGGACGAGACGACCAUGAGUGUGGUCGAAGAGCAGCAGCACGGCUACGAUUACGGCCACACGGCGUCGCCGUCGCCGCAGCCGAUUAAGGCGCGCACACCGCCCGUGUACUCAACGGUGCUACGCAAGGACCGGGACGAGAGUGAGUGGUACCGGACGGAGGAGUCGAUGGCUCUAGAGAGAAGAGAGUCGCCCCCGUUGCGACGGACGCCGCCCAUGAUGCCGCCACCGCUAGAACACCAUCAGUACCAAUCGUCCAAAUACACCAGUGAGAUGCAGGUAGACGUGAUCGAACCACCCGUAGUGGUGACCAAGCGACCGGAGAUCACGUCGCAUACGGUGGACGACGUAUUCCUUAAGACCAUAACGGAGAAGAAGACGAUCGAGGACGUGGAACGGCACCGGCGCGAAGUGGUCGAGUACAAGCCGAAGCCAAUGCCGCCGCCCACCAGUUGGGACGUGACCAUCAAGAACUACCCGAAUCCUGACGCGCAGUAUCCACAGUCCGGCGAAGAUACAGCCACAGAUUGGGACAGCUACUCCGAAGCAUCGUCUGUGGCCGGCUACCCCGCCACGGCCAUGGACCGCCAGUCUCGGAUCCAAUCGUACAACACGUCUCUGUCGUCCUCCGUCGGCCGCGAAGAACACCAUCUGCGGUAUCUGAGCACCGCAGAAAUUCCGAUACCGAAGCCGGAAAACUGGGAGUCACUGGUUCGAGUGCUGGAACCGGAACCGGAACCAUCCUCCUCCGGCGGACCACCCGCCAGAUAUCGAGUGGAGCAGACGCUCACGUUGGAAGAUAAGCGCAAGUGGAGACAAAUCAUUACCACUGAGUCCACGCUCCGGCAGUUGAUCACUGAAGCGACGGUGCGCGAGGACUUCGAGCGGAUCCGCAGCGACCCGCGAUACGAACGGAUAUUCGAACCGGAGAAAUGGGAUGUUAUCAUACGUGUGAUAGCACCGCCGCCGCAGCAGCAGCAGCAUUACGACCAAAAGACUGCAGGUUCCUCGAACAGGUACGCGAAGAACAAGAAGAUUGAAUUCGAAGGCGCCAGGACACGCAGGAACUCACUACCGACCGUCUACGAGUACGACUCGGACGACGGUUCCAGUGUCAGGACAUUGACUACCGCUGAUGAUCACGGUCCCUUGGGUCCUGCCAGAUCCAGGAAGACGUCUAGGUCAAGCUUCAAGUCCGAUAUGGAUGUCAGGUCGAUGAGCGAGAUGACGGUGGACUUCCGGCGGCCUGACUUGCCGGACAACUACAGCGACGUGAGCUCGGUGUACAACUACCACCAUCACCAGCAGCAACAUUCGCGGCGCGGCUCAUCGUAUUACGCGGACGACGACGCGGGCAGCCUGGUCCGGUCGCUCAGUCAACCGUCACUGGCUCGUUCCGCGUCCGAGUUCACCGAGAACAACUGGGGCCUGCGGAUCCGGUCGUACGAGGACGGUGACGAUCUGACCAGCCCCGACCACACGCCCAGGUCGUCGUUCAGAUCUCGGCGAUCCACCAGGGACAGAGACCACCAGCAGCAGCAGUACUCCGAGUUCAGCAGUUCCGGGGCCACAACGACCAGCCGCAGAAUGUUCGGUGGUCGUACCGUGUCCGCGGCUGAAUGGUUCCACGAUUCGGAUGAAAACGACGUGUCGUACAAGUUAUGAUGAAACGAUAUUACGUACGGACGAUCAGGAUGGCGAUGAGACUACGUGAUAACAAUAAAUAGUCUCUCGCGGUUAACAGAGCAGUCCCCCCCCCUCUGACCACUUACCGGUUGGUUACCGGAUUAUUUUUUACAUUUCCGUCUAACUUUUCUUUUUUUUUUUUGUCGAUUUCCAUUCAUAACUACUAUAUAAUUUUUUUUUUUAUAAUUAACUGUAAUUGUAUUAUUAUUUGUAUUACGUGUAAACGCGAGGCGCUAAGUCAAUAGUGUCCUCCGAGCUGGUCAGGUGCAAUAUGUAACGCAAGUGCGACGUGCGAACUCACGCGCGUCCCUCCCACGUCCCCCACUACCCCCAUCUCAGACCCCUCGCCGACGCCUUACAGGCACAGCUCAUUAUUAUUAUUACGAUUAUAACUAUGUCGUGUCGAUUAAUAUAAUUGUUUUUUUUUUUUCAUAUA